UCAGCUUCGUCGUCUUCGUCAGCUUCGUCGUCGUCGUCGUCGUCGUAUACGACUGGCACGAGUACACUAAUAAUCGUCAGUGCCGUCGAGAUCCGCUCCGCGCGCGCGCGCCCGCGCGCUCGCGCUCACGCGCGAAGAUACCAGCAGCCCGGUAAAUUUCGCGCGGGGACAAUCGGGUUGUGUUGGAGGUGCAGUAUCUCGUCGUGCGAGAACACGGCCGGUCCGAGUGCUCCGAUUGUCUCUCCUUUAUAGACGGGAGGAUUUCCGAAGGGUACGUGGAGAAGAGCGGUCGAUAUUGACUAGUGCUCGGUGCGCGGUAUCGGAUACUGAUCGAGAUCGCACUGAUCAUUGUGCUCGCGGAGAAAGCGCGAGACUCCGCCGUGUGGCACGGCGGGUGUUUCGAGAUAAUCGAGUUUGUUCCGUGUUGACUAUCGGUGCCGAAAGGAUUAUUAAAGGAUCGCCGGGCGAUACCUAUUGACUCGUAUUGCAGCCUGUUUGCGCGGAUCAUCGCCGAGGACACGAAGGCGCUCCUCCGAUAAUCCCGACCGGUAAUCGAGUAACGUCGAUUGAUCCGCGGGGGUAAUCAUCGUGGAGGAUCGUGGGGGAUAACUGGGAUUCCCGUCUGUACGUGAUCGCAACGAUGAUUCGUAACGUGCCCAUGUGCCAUUGAUAGCGCUCGGCCGGUGUGUGUAUGUGGGUGUGUGUGCGUGUGCGUGAGAGAGAGAGAGAGGACCGUACACUUUUCUUGCGGAGAGGCGACUUCUCGCGAAGAAGACCGCGGCGCAUCAGCAUCGGGAUCGUGUCCGUUUGGGCUCACGUUGAUUAGCGGUGUAAAACAGCUCUUCGAAUGAUGACUGUCGGGAUAAACGAGCUCGAGCGAAGGAGGCACCGACAACCGGUCGCCAGGCGGACUCCCAUGAAAAUGCUGCAGUCGCUGAACGCUCUGGCGGGUAAAAUCUCGCCGGGCUCACCCACCGACAGCAACGCCAACAAGGUGCACAUGCAUAACAACAACAACAACAAUAACAACAACGUGGUGCACCACCACCAUCCGUAUUCGAAGCAGCAGGUCCAGCCGUCCCCGUCGCACUCGGCCAACGGCGACCAAAAGGAAAACACCGCACGUUGUGUAAUUCGGCAAAAAGGUACAAUCGAUAUGUUCGAGCCGUGCGUGCAGGCGCCGAGCGCGUCGCUCAAUGACGUCGAGCCGGAGACGCCGCGGCAGCAGCAACAGCAACAGAAAAUCAUGCUCGACUACAAGUUGUUCGCGAGCACGACGCUGCAUUUGGAUCAGAACAAUAACAACUGCAGCAUUAGCAACAACAACAACAGCAACAGCGGCGGCGGCGGCGGCGGCGGCGGCAACAACAAUAACAAUAACAGCGGCAGCGUGCAAGCGCCGGAUCGCGUAAUGAACAACAACAGCGUCGAGCAGCCGGAUCCGGACAACAUAAAGAUGUUCGUGGGUCAGGUACCUCACGACAUGGACGAGAACGACCUGAGGACGAUGUUCGAGGAGUACGGUCGAGUGCACCAGAUAAAUAUCCUGCGGGACAAGAUCACCGGCAGUCACAGGGGAUGUUGUUUCGUGACUUUUUACACCAGGAAAGCGGCGUUGGCAGCGCAAAACGCUCUCCACAACGUCAAAACCUUCAGCGGGAUGCGCCAUCCGAUCCAAAUGAAGCCUGCCGACAGCGAGAACCGGAACGAACGCAAGCUGUUCGUCGGCAUGCUGUCGAAGAAGUUCACGGAGAACGAUGUCAGGAACAUGUUCAGCGUCUACGGGAUGAUCGAGGAAUGCUCGGUGCUGAGGGACAGCACCGGGAAGAGCAAAGCCUGUGCCUUCGUUACCUUCGCUAGUAAGCAGUAUGCGAUCAACGCCAUCAAAGCUCUGCAUCAUUCCCAGACAAUGGAGGGUUGCUCGUCGCCGUUAGUCGUGAAAUUCGCCGAUACGCAAAAGGAGAAGGAUCAGAAGAGGAUGCAGCAACUCCAGUCGAAUCUUUGGAACAUCGCGGGAGUCAACAUCACGCCGCAUUACCUGACCAACGACACGCAUACUCUGGCGCCUGCGUCGCUGCAGCUGUUGCAGCAGUUGCAGGCGACGACAAGCGCCGCGACUCCGGUUGCCGCGAACACGGCGGGGGCGAACGCAUUGUCGAAUGUGCAGCAUCAGUUGCUGCUGCAACAACACCUUGGCCUUGGUGCGGCAACACCUGCUCACGCUGCACCCCCUGCCGUGCCGAGCCCGCCGGAAAUCAACCCCGCGAAUCUACAGAGUUUGGCCACCCUCGCAUCCCUCAGCAAUACCGCUGCGAAUGCGGGAGUGUCGCCGAUGAGUAUGCAGAACCUCGUCACCCUAGCAGCUAUGACCGGCGGAAACGGCAACCUCCAGGUGUCGCCAAACACGUUAAGCGGCCUGGCGAAUUCGACAGCAGCUGCCCUUCUGGGAAAAACAGGAAAUACAGGGUCUACCGGGGGCAGUCUCAGUCCUGUGACGUCCCUCACUCUCAACUCCUUGACGGGCACGCCGCUAAAUGGGCUUCAAGACUCGCUGAGCAACGCUUACUCCAGUUUGCAACAGUAUGCAGCUCUCAUUGGAAAGACGACGGUGACCGUGGAAAAGAAAGAGUUGCAUAGGUUCCCGGCGUUCACAGCGGCUGCGGCCGCUGCGGCGGCGGCGGCGCAGAAGACGAAGUUCAGCAACACGGACAAGCAAAUCGAGGGUCCCGAAGGCUGCAACCUCUUCAUCUACCACCUACCGCAGGAAUUCAAUGACACGGACCUCAUCUCCACCUUUUUGCCGUUCGGCAACGUCAUAUCCGCCAAAGUUUUUAUAGAUAAGCACACGCACAUGAGCAAAUGCUUCGGUUUCGUGUCGUACGACAACGCGUCGAGCGCGCAAGCGGCGAUCCAGACGAUGCACGGUUUCCAAAUCGGCAUGAAGCGACUGAAGGUCCAGUUGAAACGGUCCAAGGACGCCUGCAAGCCGUACUAGCCGAUGUCACAGAGCGUUCGUAGGUAGAUACCAAGGACUUCUCGGACACCUCGCCUCGGCUCGACGGCGUCCUCAAUCCGGGGGACGGCGAUCGCGCGUACGAAUUAACAACCGCGUCGGUUGACACGAUUAUCAUGACACGAGAUGAUGAAUCCCGCUGCGCGGGAUUUCGCGCAGGCUAGCUAGCUAGCUAAUAGGUCUCUAGGUCUAUAGGCAAACGAAGAAAGGUAUUCCACGGUGCUCUCUAGUCAAGCGAUAUUUUUCACGAAGGGUAGCGCGCGAGCUAACGAGCUACGAUCGAGCGUUCUUCGGACGCCGAAGAGGAGACACGUCUCGCCGCUCGACACCUUCGCCGUCCUAUCGAAACAAGGCUGUG